AACGAUUGAUCGGUGCCCAUCUCCAAGCAACUGUAGACUUCUAUUGAAGAAGUUUAAGAGAAGCCGAUAAGGCGGUGGAACAAUAGGAUCUGCUAUGAUGCCCUUCAUUAUCCUCUCAGCCUGAAAAGUCCCUAGAUCUUCAAAUGGUCUAAGAUGAGCAACAAAGAAGACCCGAGCAAGUGUUGCCCCGCAGCCGCUCCGAUCUCCAGUUUUACCAUCCAGUCCAUCCUGGGCAGCGGUACCUCGGAAGGGGGCAGGGAGCCCAGUUCCAAGGCAGCGGCCGCCUGGCCGAGCAGGAAGCGAAGUCUGUCGGUGUCCUCAGAGGAAGAGGAGCCGGAGGAGAGCUGGAAACAUCACGGCUGCUUCUGUCCUGAGUCGCAGGGCCCCAAAGAAACUUGCCACAAACACCAGCCCAUCAGUUUCACGUGUCUCAGCAACCCAAAGGGAAAUGGAGGAGCAAUGACGGUAAAUACGGACAGGACGCAGUUCCUCUCCCAAUCCCAACAGGACUUGAAGGAGGAAAAAGAGAAACACUUCCCUCCAAACUCCCCGUCUUCUGGGGACAGACAAAGGGACGGAGGGGACAGACAGGCUAAUUCAGCCAAAAAGAAGACCCGCACUGUUUUCUCCCGGAGCCAGGUGUACCAGUUGGAAUCUACCUUUGACAUGAAGAGGUACCUGAGCAGCUCGGAGAGGGCCUGCUUGGCCUCCAGUUUGCAGCUGACGGAGACCCAGGUGAAAACCUGGUUCCAGAACCGCAGGAACAAAUGGAAAAGGCAACUCUCGGCAGAACUGGAGGCGGCCAAUAUGGCUCAUGCCUCAGCUCAGACGCUAGUGGGGAUGCCCCUGGUUUUCAGAGACAAUUCCCUUCUGAGAGUGCCGGUACCCAGGUCUAUCGCCUUCCCAGCCCCUUUAUACUACCCAGGCAGCAACUUGUCAGCCUUACCUCUCUAUAAUCUCUACAACAAGAUCGACUACUGACUCUGAAAGCCGAUGGCACUGUCUCCUUCUCUGUAUAGCUCUCCGCUAGCCGCGAUGACCUUUCAUAGAUUUCACCCGUCUGUAUCAACAGGAAAACAAAUGUGCUUCUUGCAAUGUUAAGAAAUACACCAUGUGUAUUCAUUAUUUUUAUUUAUUGGA